CAUUUUUCUUUCAUCAUUUUUCUCAUAACCUAUAACUCAUCUGUCGUUGAAACACUUUAUUUCAACUUUUAAAUUAUACGUGCAUACAUAUAUUUUAUGUGACGUAUUAUUUACAAAGUGUACUAAGCCUACUAACUGUACAAAAAAUGCCAAAGUGUAAGUGUAUGAGCUGUAAAGGAAAAGACUGGUUCUUCAAAUACAUAACUCGCAAAGAGGCGGAACACCUUCUUCUAUCGGUGGAAUAUCCCAUAGGCAGUUUCUUAAUCCGUCCAUCGAAAAAUUUUCCCGAAUGUUACACGCUUUCCACUAAGGUUGUUUCACAAAGUGACCCGUACAAUUAUGACGUCAAUCACUACAAAAUCGAAAAAUCAGAUAACGGUGGAUAUUUUCUAUCGAGUAACAGAAUAUUCAACACUCUCGAGGAUUUGAUCAGGACAUAUUCCAGAACUGCUCAUGGUUUGAACCACGUUCUGACAAAGCCUUGCACCAGUUUUGAUGAAAAUGAUUGGGAAAUAGACCAGAAUGAUUUGUGUAUGCUUCGAGAUCUGGGUAGCGGCAAUUUCGGUGAAGUCAAAUUGGCCGCACAUAAAUACAAAGGUGAGGUGGCCGUGAAAGUUUUCAAGAAAACUCAACAAAUGUCAAUGGUGGAAAUCCUCGAGGAGGCGGCUAUCAUGAAAACACUACGCCAUAGACACUUGGUCAAAUUGAUCGGUGUUUGUAGUCACGAUGAAUCAAUUUACAUCGUGUUGGAGUAUAUGGAAAAUGGGAGUUUGCUUAGUUUUUUGAAAGAAGGCGAUGGAAGAGCUUACAACUACGAGAAAUUGAUGAAGAUAGCUUAUGAUAUUUCUUCAGGCAUGAAAUAUUUGGAAUCUAAGAAAAUUGUCCAUAGGGACCUAGCUGCAAGGAACAUCUUAAUGGACGAGAAUAACCGCGCAAAAAUAGGCGAUUUUGGACUGGCUAGAGUAAUAGGAGAUUCAGAAUUUGCAAAUGGUGAAUUAUACAAAAGUUACACAGGAAUAUGCCCUAUAAAAUGGACGGCGCCUGAAGCUCUUUUUAAUAAAAUGUUUACAAUAAAAUCGGACGUUUGGUCAUUUGGAAUAUUGCUAAUGGAAAUUUUGACUUACGGGAGAGAGCCUUACAAGGGCAUCUCCAUUGAUAAAUUAACAAAUAUGUUAAGGGAAAACUAUCGUAUGCCAAAUCCUAAGAAAUAUUACGUUCCAGACAAUGUUUAUAAGUUAAUGUUGGAAUGUUGGGACAAGAAUCCGGAUAAGCGGCCUUUCUUCUAUGAUUUGAAUUUUUACCUUAAAAGAUUUAAAGCUAAAAAGUCGCAUAAUAGGCGUUGUGGGUGUUAUGGGCAAGAUGGCUCAUAAAUAUUUUCUUACUAAAUAAAUUCUUAAUCAAAAAUACUCUUUCU